CCGAAACAUAAACCCUAAUUUAAUUUGUACCAAAAAACCUAAACCCCAACUUCAUCUCCCCAACCCGCGGCCACCGUCCCCUCCCUCCGCUCUUCUCUCAACUCCACUCUCCCUAUCCACUCCGCCCAGUCCUGCUCAGUCACUUUUGUUGCACUUCAGUUCCAUCAUAAUGGUGAAAACGGAAAAAACCUACAAGAGACUCAAAGGAAGCCAAAGCUUCAGACAAAGGUUACUUCUCUCCACACUCUCUUCCACUCCCAUUAUCAUUGAAGACAUACGCACCAACGAAACAUGGCCCGGUCUUCUCAGCCACGAGAUUUCACUUCUCCGAUUAUUCGAAACCGUCUCCGAUGACUGCCGUGUCGUUAUCAACCAAACCGGUACCAAAUUGAAGUAUGAACCGGGAACUAUUAUGGGUGGCAGAAUUAACCGUCCCCACGAUUGCGGUCUUUCGCGGUCCAUUGGUUAUUUUCUUGAACCACUGGUUGUGUUAUGUUUGUUUGCCAAGGAGCCCCUCACCAUUACCCUCAAAGGGAUUACAAAUGAUUCUAAAGACCCAUCGGUUGAUACCUUUAAGUCCGCUGCUUUUCACAUACUAAAGCGGUUUGGAGUGGACUUUGAAGCCUUGAGUCUUAAAAUAGAGAGUCGUGGACUGCCUCCUAAUGGUGGUGGCGAAGUUAUUUUGUCACUUCCUAUUGUUCAGAGCCUGAAUGCUGUUAAUUGGAUCGAUGAGGGAUUUGUUAAGAAGAUACGAGGAGUAACGUUUUCUACUAAAGUAUCUUCUCAAUUUGAAAAUAGUAUGAUUAGAGCUGCGCGUGGGAUCAUCAAUCCACUAGUUUCUGAUGUGCACAUUUUUACCGAUCACAGAACGGGUCCACCGGCUGGAAACUCUCCCGGAUAUGGAAUUUUACUAGUUGCAGAGACGACUACUGGUUGCUACAUCUCUAUCGACACUGCCGCUUCUCAUGGUAGGGAUGAAGAUACUCCGGACCUUGCAGAUGAUGUGAAGAAGGAUCUGAUGCCUCCAGAGGAUAUUGGUGAGGGGAUUGCUAAUGCUUUACUAGAGGAGAUAGGUCAAUCUGGAGUGGUAGAUUCAUCAUAUCAGGGUCUGCUAUUUCUUCUUUGUGCUCUAUGUCCUCAAGAUUUUUCCAAGGUUCGUGUUGGAAAGCUUACCCAAUAUGGGGUUAAAACUCUUAGAAACAUCAGGGAUCUUCUUGAUGUGAAGUUUAUUAUCAAACCAGAUCCGGAUACACAGUCAGUUGUCCUCAAAUGUAUUGGCUGUGGCAUGAAGAACCUUUCUCGAAAGAUCUCAUGAAGACGGUUUAGUCUAGUGAAUUGAGUUUUUGUUCGCCAAUUUUGUUAGUUAUAAUGUAUAAUUUUGAGCAUUAUUUCAAUAUUUUUCUUUGUGUAAUUGUUCUUUGGAUUGUCUUUAACAUGUUUUUUUUUCCCAAUCAAAAGCUUUAAAAGAUGAACGCAUACUGAUUUAUCAAUAUAAGUGGAAACUAGUCUCUAA